CUUGUUUACUUGCGGCCGGCAGCGCUUUCACCGGCGCUUGCGCAACCGCCGCGUGAACCCGCGCUGACCCCGCGCGUAACAUCGGUAAUACCGCGGACGACAUUACUCAUCUUUGUUUUGAAAUAAAUAAUCUAGGCUAUUUGCGAAAAAGGAUGUGGGCUGGUUGGUUAGGUGUACGCUCGACGCGACGGUUUCGAAAGACAAACAUGACUCAUUAAAAAGUGUAACAUUUCCAUACAAAGUAUGAUAUUGAAAAAUACGACUUAUGAGAUAAGCAGAUGAUUUCACGUACCCCUCACAUAUUGCAGAUGUCGCUGCUAUCGCUUGCAGCGCUGGGCGUGCUGUGUCUGGCCGGUGCGGGCUCCGCCAAGGACUCCAACAGCACUGUAGUUGACGAGCGCUGGUGCGGCGUGGAGCAGACCACGUGCGGCCUGCAUGAUGACGACGGGCCGUGGAUGGCCAUGCUGCAGCAGUGGGCGCUUGAAACACAAGGAACGAAUGAACGACAUGGUCGCAUAAUGGCGCUCCCGCCGGCGCAGGGCUACUACGUGUCGGACCGCAUGGACGGCACGCUACUGCCGCCGCCGCCGCCGCCGCACAGCAAGCACCCGAACCACCCGCAGCAUCAGCCGCCGCUGCCGGCCGGCGCGCGACCCUACGACGAGUGGCAGCACGCGCCGCCACUGCACAGCGGGAAGAUCGUCAACCGGCCCCCCAACCCGUACAAGGACAAGUUCAAGCCCAGCUAUCCGGCACCAGUGCAGAACCAACCAAUACCCGUGCACAGCAGCGGCCUAGACCGCGUAGACGAGAACCGCCAGCCGCCGCAGAAGCAGGUCUCCGAGACCGACCUGUACCUACUGGGCGCCAUCGAGAAGCUGGUGUGGCGCGCCGACAUCAUGGAGAAACGUCUGCGCAAGAUUGAGGAAACCAUACAUUAUAUGGUGGCUGGCAAUGAGGCUAAACCUGAGCCGUGCGGAGAGAACUACACGCGCGUGGGCGGCGGCUGCUACCACAUCUCGUCAGACAACGCCAACUGGAAGGGCGCCAGCUACGCCUGCCGCAAGCUGAAGGGCCACAUGCUGGAGCUGGACUCCGACGCGGAGCGCGAUUCCUUGGCAAACAACCUCUUCGGCGAUAACAAAAGCUCUAAAGGAUCCUAUCGUUACAAAUACAGACGAAAUCAAGGAAAGCCGCCUCAGAUGUGCUCUCUUGAGAAAUGCAUCUGGUUAUACAAAUAUUUACGCACCUUGCUUUACCUUACAAUAGCCUCCAUCGCGUAUACUAUCUAUCAGAUCAUAUCAGACAGAAUGGCCAAUGGCGUUAUCACAUACAACUUCGCCAAGAUUUCACUUAAGCUGGCUAAAAAGAUACAUUUAUCACCACUGUUCCCGAUGCAAAAGAUGACUAAACGCAUACCUAAAUAAGUGAUGUCUAUUUCAAACUUCAAAGUUAAUAAAUGCAUGCCAAUUUUACACCAUGUAUUAUAAAACAAUAUAAUAUAUUCAGCCAAAUCAGGGCUUUAACCGAAGUAUGAAUAAACACUGAACUAUUAUACCAGAGUUCAUUAUCUAACUAAUUUUCUAAUACAUAGUCACAUAACUUAGUCCCGGUUCCAUUAUAUACUCUUUUAUUCAAUUCAUGGAGCAGGUUUAGGAUAGGUCGGGAAUCAGGUUUAGAUCUACAGAAGGAGUUUCUAAUAAAAAUGCGUAAGCGCAUAAAGCUUCAAACAACAAGGCGGACUGUUAACGUAAGUUUAGCUCCUUAAAACUAAUUGCAAAACCUUUGAAUGAAUAGCAACA